AGCUUGGGCCAAAAAUCAGCCAAAUAAUUUCAGAGGAGAAGAUUGUGUGCACGCACUUGGUGUGGAAUACAGCUAUGAAUGGAAUGACGUGCAGUGUAGCGACUGUCAUCCCUACACUUGCAAGAAAGAUCUAAAUGAAUGCGAUAGAACUGCAAAUGACUGUCAUCAGCAUGCUAGUUGUACAAAUGAACGAGGAUCAUAUUCAUGCAAGUGUAACCAUGGUUUUAUUGGAGAUGGCUUUAAAUGCGGUCCCACGAAUAAGGGUUCUUGUUCUGUGAUCAGGAAAUACUUCAGCAGUGCAAGUGGAAAUUACGCCAUUGAUUCAGAUGGCGCGGGAGGCCUGGCACCAUUUACCGUUUACUGCGACAUGAGUGACAAAAAUGGAGUUGGCGUGACAGUCAUCAGUCACGACAGUGAAAGCAGAACGCACGUGCAUGGUUAUAGCAGUCGUGGUAGUUACUCACGUGACAUUCAUUACACAGGAGUGAGUCUCUCUCAGCUGGCGAGUCUCACCAGAGUCUCCUCACACUGUGAGCAGUUUAUCAAGUACGAGUGUUAUCAUUCAAGGAUGCUGCAGUGGGGAUUUGCCUGGUGGGUGUCACGCGAUUCAAGUAAGAUGACGUACUGGGGUGGAGCAUCGCCUGGCAGUGGUAAGUGCGCAUGCGGGAUGACCAACUCAUGUGCAAACCCAAGUUAUGGUUGUAACUGUGAUAAGAAUGACCGAGUAUGGCGUGAAGACAGCGGUCUCCUGACUGACAAGACACAUCUGCCAGUUAAACAGCUCAGGUUUGGGGAUGCAACAAGAAAUGAGCAAGGUUACCACACACUGGGAAAACUGAAAUGCUAUGGCAUAGCAUGAACACUAUUAUCUCGAUGUUGCUUUUUAGUUUCAAAAUUGUCUGCCCAAGCUUACAUUUUUUUCUAAUAAUCGUAAGGCUAAGUUUCUUUGUGACAAUGGACGGAACAAAUCAAGUCGUAGCAACAAAGCUCGUGAGGUUAAGAAAUAGGAUCAUUUUUUAAGGUUUGUCAUUCCGUCGCCAUGGUUUCAAACAGGUAAGCUUUGUAGCACUUAUUGACAGAUGUAAAACGUGACAGCUUCAUGAACAACUGUAGUGUAACUAGACUCAAAUGAGGGUAGAUUAAUUGCUCAAGCUUUUUUGUUUUCAGUUAAAUUUAAUCGUACACACAUUAAAGUGCCUAUGAAGUAAAAAAUAAUUGCUGAU